AUGAUGCAGAAAUGGCUUCAAGAAAAUCCGAGGGUAGCUUUUCCAGAAAUUGAAAUACCUCAGCUGGAGAAAAUCCUCUUUUCUUUGAGAAGAUAUUGAAAAGACUUUAAAGCUGUAAUUAAUUUUUUAUCAAAUUUCUUUAUUUAUUUUAUUAAUAAAAUGACAGAAAACACUUACUCCCCCCCCCUCCGUGAGUGAACAAAAACAUUUUGUUCACUCACGGAGGGGGCUAAUUUUUUUUUUUAAAAACAUUUAUAUAUAAAUUUUUUAUAAUUUUUUUUUCGAAAUUUUAAAAAAAUCUCACUUCUAUAAAAAUUGGAAGCAAAAAUUAAUUUAAUUUAUAAAAUUUAUGUUUUAAAACGCAAUUUGUUUAAAAUUAAACAGAAUUAGCUUGAGAUUUUAUUAUAAUAAUUAUCACUUAUAUAUCAAAAUUUUUUUCCAUAAAAAUUUUUGUUUCACUCACGAGGGUGGGUUUUUGGGCAAAAAAUAGGGAUUUUUCUAAUGGUUUUGUUCACUCACGGAGGGGGGGGGGGGAGUUAGUAAUUUCUAGCCAGCCUCGAAAUUAAAACAUCAACUUGGCAUCGUGACACAAACGGCCUUUACGAUUACCAAGCCAGCAUUACUGCAAAGAAUCAUUUUACUAUAAAUUACUCAGCAGUUUUGCACAGAGCCAAUAAUUCCUGUAUCUUAAAUAGUUCGAGUUGGAAUCGAAAACUCAGUGAAGACUCAAAUCCAAUUUUGUCCAUAAAAGCGCGUGGUGGUGAAUUUAUAAUACAGCAGUCAGGUAACGAGCUAAAUGAACGACUGUGACUUGUAAUAAAAUCAAUAAGGAAUAAUGGAGUUAGAGGGUAUAAAAUAUGUGAAGGGGACUGGAUUCGCCUAGGAAGGGUCAAAUUGCAAGUCAAAAAAAUUUGUACUGAUACUACUAAAAAAGCGUUAGAAAAUGAAAGUGUUAUAGUAGCUGAUGGAGAAAAUCCAAAAUUUCAAUAUUUUGAGCCUUUAAGAGGGGAUUCUAACGAAGUUAUGGCAUGCAGAAUAUGCUUAAACAAUGAAAAUUCAACAGAAAACCCUUUAAUUUCUCCAUGCUACUGUACGGGAACUAUGAAGCAUAUACACAUUUCAUGCCUACAGGAAUGACUUAAAAAUAAAGCUGUUGUAAUCAGCAAGUUCCAAAAGGUAACUUCUUUCUUUUGGAAUGAAUUAUCAUGUGAAAUCUGUAAAGCGCCGUUUCCCUUAAGUAUUUAUAUUAAAGGAGUCCGAUUUGAUUUAAACUUUAUUAUAAUAAAUUCUGAAAUUUAUUUUUUUAUUUUUAUGAAAAAUGACCAUAGAGCUUAAUUUUUUUAAAUUAAAGUUAACAAUAAAUAAUAUAAUAAAAAUAGAAAAUCCAGGAAGACCUUAUGUUUUAUUAGAAGAUUAUAGUCCUGAAAGACACGAAAUACGAUGCUUGCGCAUUGUGUCUCUAAAUAAUGGAGAAUCUGCAAGCUUAGGCAGAGGUAAUAAAAUUAGUCUAAAAAUUCCUGAUGUCUCAGUUAGCAGAAGACACUGUAAAUUGAAAUUUAUUGAAAAUAAUUUUAUAUUAGAAGACACCAAUAGCAAAUUUGGGACGCUUGUCCUUAUGAAAAAAUCUUUUGUGCUGCAGCCUCAUACAGAAGUUACUGUACAAAUUGGGAGGACUAUUGUGCAUUUAUUAUCAAAAGAGCCCUUUAGCUAUAAGUCAUGCCUUUGAGCGUUUGGAAUUAAAAAGGUCAUGCCGAUUACUUAUUGUUCGUAUUUAACACAAGCUGAUAUACUCUUUUAAUAUAUUUUUCCAAUAAAGCUAACUACUAAGAUAUUAUUUUUAUUUAUUUUGCUAUAAGAUAUUAUUGAAGAUAACCCAGCGGCUUUUGGGUCUUCUCGAGAUAAGACAUUACUAGAUUUUGAGCCAGAUUUAGCAAUCUCUCAGCAUGAAUUCUCUAUUGCAAGAGAAGAAGAAAAAUCCAGUAGCAAUGAAAACAUAAAUCAAUUAAUAUAA